ACAUCACGGAUCAAAACCACCAGAAAGUCGUUCAUAACUUCCCCCCUUGAUCUCUCCCAAAACUGCCUCUUUAUGACCUUCACACCACCAUGGGUCUUGGAUUGGGAAUCCGACCAACUCUCUGUCUUUUCUCUGUGCUUCUUUGUCACAUCCCGGGCCCGAGCCCAAUUUUUAGUGACAAGGCCCGUGAUGAUUUGGCCCAUGUAGAGAAAACCCUAGGGUUUUUCCCUUCCUCUUCUAUAAAAAGGAGGCAGCCCCUUAGGUUUUCUCCAGAGACUCAAAACCUAGCGAAGCCCUGCCCAGUUGGAGAGAGAGCAGCCGCCGGCCACCAAACCACCACCGGAGCCACCGCGAGUCACCGGAGCACCGCCGGCGACCGUGUAAUCUCACCGGAGAGGAGAUCUCGCCGUGUUUCGAUCCCUUCUCGUCGUUUCCUUGAGUCUUCUACUCUUUUUCUUCUAGAUCCAGCAACUAGUGAGGUAAGGAAACCCUAAACACUCUCUUUUAGAUCUCUCCUAUCUCCUUCUUCUUCUUCUUGAUCUCUGAUCUAGGGUUUGGGUGGAAACCAACCCUUGUUCUUGUAGAUCUGGUUAGUAAGGACCCGUAGAACUCAGAUCUACAUCAACUCUCAUCUCAUCUCGCAGAUCUAGGCUAAGGUGAGUUCGAGGAAGUGCAGGAGUGAUCGUCUCGGUGUGGUGCUGGUUUUCGGGUGUUUGGUUUUCUUUAAGUUAUCUUAUUUUAAGACUUAGUGAUUUGGUUUUAAGCGUUUCCUAUUCGUUUUAGUACGUUUUUGUAAAACAUCUGAAUUCGAUCCUUGGGAAUGAGAUUUGCAUUGGCCUAUUUAAGUAUUUUUGUUGGUGAAGGCAAUGUGAAUUCAUGCCGUCUCGGUUAAGCGAGAUAUGGGUGUGACAAGUGGUAUCAGAGCUGAGGUUAGAGCCCCCGGUCCUAACCUGGGAGGCUGUAGAGAGGAAACGUUUUUUUUGUCCGGUUCCUAUCGGAAUAAAGUUUAAGAUCUUUAAAAACUUUCGGAUUUUUAAAGUUGGUUUGGAUUUUAAAGAAGGAUAAAUGGGGAUUUUAAAAGUUAGAGUCAAGAGCACCAUCGAGACCACUCCUUUACUUUGAACUCAUUCAUUCGUCAUUCAUAAACAGGAAAAAGUUCUAAGUGUUAGUUUUGCGUGAACAGGAUGGCACCAAGGGGAAGAAGAACCGCUAGGGGAAGAGGCACUGCAACACGUGUGGUUCGGGAAGCUUGCCCGACCAAUUCUGUGGAAAGUGUGAAUGGAACAAACACUGAGACUGAUGGUGGAAGCUCAACAAAGGGGAGUCAGCAGAGUGACCAACCAGCAGGGUAUGCCGAAAUGAUGGCAGAGUUGCAAAGAUACCGUGAGCGUUUUGGAGAUCAAAUGCGUGAAGAAUCCGCUGAUGGAACACCACACCAGGCUGAUGCUCGCGGGUAUGUACCGGGUGUUGGAGUGUGUCACCGUCAUCCGCCUCCGCCCCCACCGUUUGUGCCAGCUCAUGUUCGUGGACCCACUUACUGGGAAGUGAUGAAGUACAUGAGGGACAUGCAAAUGGAUCAUUUCAGUGGGAAGGCCAGUGCCACCUCAGCAGAUAACUGGAGGAGGAAGCUGGAGAAGAACUUGGAUGCAGCCAGGUGUCCAGCCGAGUUCCGUAGGGAAUUGGCUGUUCAUUACCUGAAAGACGAAGCCAUGAUAUGGUGGGAAGGUGUCGUGGAAUUAGCGCGAGGAUGCUAUGAGUUGACUUGGGAGGACUUUAAGGAUGAGUUCACCCGAGAGUAUGUUCCCCCUGAGGCUACAGACAAGAUGGAGAACGACUUUGAGAAUCUGCGCCAAGGGAACAAGACAGUGAAAGAGUAUAAGGAAGAGUUCAAUCGUUUGAGAAGGUUCGCCCGCAGACGCAUGGAUGAGCAAGACCUGAUUCGGAAAUUCAUGAAUGGACUAAGGAUUGAUUUGAAGAACAGGUGUUCCCUUAGGAAGUAUGACCGUUUUGCGGAACUUGUUGAGACAGCAGCUUUACAGGAGGUUGGCUUGGAAGAAGAAAGCAAGCUUACAAGGAGCACUCAGUCAAAGGCGACCAAGCGAACUUGGGAAGUCGCUAAUACACCCCAAGCCGCAAAAAGUGAAGGAGGCGCAACUUGCCAUAGGUGUAAUAAGAAAGGACACCACGUAAAGGAUUGUAGAUUCCCACCGAAUGUUCGAUGUUACCGUUGUAACAGAGAAGGACACACUUCGAAUGCAUGUCGUAUGCCAGCGCAGGGAGCACCGCAGCAGGGAGCACCGCAGCAGGGAGCUGGGCGCAAUGAGCAGUUACCGCCACCACCAAAAAGACAAGAUGUGGCUGGACGAGCCUUCGUAGUCGGGGACCACGAAGGAGGAGAACCGAUCGUUGGUAUGUUUCCUAUACCUACUUGUCUAGAUGUUUACUUAUAAUUCUUGUUUGGUCCAAGUAUAGUAGACUUAGACAUAG